GAAGGAAGCCCCGCACGGACCGAAAGGACCAAGCAGCCCUUCAAUGCAGUUGGUUGUGAGGUCAAGGGAAAGAAAAACAAGGGAGCGAAGGGUAGUGGCUUGGGCAAAGCCCCUUCCGCCUCUUCCGCUUCAAAUGCGGGAGGGAAAGGGAAAGGCCCUGCUCCUUUGUCCUCUCAGCGCAAAGUCCACUUUGAGGAAAAUGGUCAGACUAAGGAUUCCUCUCUUAUUGCUCAACUCAAGGCUAUUGUUUUGGCUGCUGAGACGCAUGGCACUGGGGACCUCAUCAAUCAAUUGCGCGCUUUGGUACAACGCUGGUCGGAAGCUGAGAUUAAGCAACCUGUCAAGUGGUUGGCUAAGGAACAAAACAUGACCAAUGCUCAGUACCUUGCUCAGGCCCGGAAAGAGGCUCGUGAUGUUGACGCAGGAAUUGCUCUGCGUAAAGGCACCAAAAGCUGCUUGGGUAUCAUAGGGGUUCAGGAUCAAAACUCUUCGCAAGAGCUUCUUGUGAAGCGCUGGGCUGCCAGAGGUGUACCUGCCAAUUGGAUACCCUCACAAUUUGAAGACACUCUCACGAAGCAUGGAUGGAGGGUUCUGUCGGAUGCUCAACCCCCGAACAACAAAGGUGGUAUUUGGACGUAUAAAGGCGCCCCCCCCAAAGAUUCCACGGAGGCUGGCAUGAUUUUAUGCCUUAAAAAUGGGAAGCAGAUUUUGAUUAAUCCCUGGGUUGCCAAGACCAAAAAACCGGUUUGUACGCCUCUGCAUGCGAGAAAAAGCUGGCUCACUGUCGUUGCGGGAACCAAUGACAGCAAAGACAAGGAGCAAGAUGAGCCUAUGGCUCCUACAAUUCCUGACCCUCCUGAGGAUGGUGCUGAAGCCACAGAGGGAGGUGCUAUGGAUGAUGUUGGAAAGACCGGCAAAAGAAACACUGAUGAAAGGCAGGUUAUCAACACACCUCCCAAGCACAAAGUGCCAAAGACGGUCCCUGGAGGUUUUGAUGCUUUGGAUGAUUCUUCCGCUUUGGGCCCUUCCAAUGUUCCCAUGUGGGACCUUGGUGGGGCAGGUGAUUGCGGCUUCAGAGCAUUGAGUGCUCAGGUUGCUUUCAGGAAUAAAAUGGAGCUGCCAGAAAUAGAGCGCAAGAUCACCAAACUUAGCCUCUCUCUCCGAGCAAAAGCUUGUGCGCAACUUAGCUCUCAAGAUGGUUGGAAGGCAUCUUGGUUUAACGACCCGGAAGCCACCGUUCAGACUGAGGAGUUGGGACUCGAUGAAGAAGAGAAACAGGCUAAUCUUAGCUUUAUAGGUGUAAGCAAGUGGCUAAGGCCGCCAGAGGAUGUUCGCAGUGCUGCUUCUUCUAAGGCUCGGAUCAGAGCCAUUCGUGAGCAUUGCAAAAGGCAUCCUGGGGAAAACCCGAAAUCCUUGGCUGACAAGAAUUCCUGUGGUAAACCUAAGCUGGCUGUGCAGAAGGCUCGGACGGAUGCCUGGGCUCAGUUUCGCAAGAAAAAGUUUCGCACGCACACUGUUGUUCAGGACCGUUUUGCUUGUAUCCUCUCAGGUUUGGUCUCUGUGGCUUGGCCAAAGAAUAGGAGCGGUUUGGCUUUUCUGGUGCACAAAUCUGUCAGACACGUUUUAGCUUCUGAAAUCACGCAUCAGUGUACCCAGCUCCUGGGUUUAUGGCUUGAAGGGCUACACCUCAUUAAUUUCUAUUUUCCUCCCGAGCACGGUGCUGUGGGUGCGGAAGCUUUGGGCCUUUAUUGGGCCGCUGCUCACAUGCGAAAACAUGUGUGGUUGGCACUGGGUGAUGCCAACGAGGAACCUCACAAUUCAAUCAUUGCCUCCUUUUUUACGGCUCAUGGCGGUACCUUGGUUCCUGGACAAAACGCCAGCACAAGAUGGAACGGUCGACGGAUCAUUGAUUGGGCUUUCCAAAGUCGCCCAGUCGUAACCCGGCCGCAGGUGAAUCCCUGCGCAAGCUGCGUAGGAACUUGGCCAGAUUUCAUGAGGUGGUACGUCAGGUUCAACGUCACGGGCACGCUGAUCCCGCUCUUCUUAGACGGCUCUGGCCUGAAGAAGCUGCAAACAUAUCGCCUCAUGAUGCCCUGUCAUGAACUCCAGUUCCUGCCGCUGAAAGCUAUCGUUAGUACUUUGCUGCUUAAGCGUUUGAACUGGCCUGUUGAGAUUUGCGAUCUUCUCUAUGAAGCCUGGGGCCAACAACACCGUUGGAUCAGCUGGGAAAAUGAAACGUUGUCUUUUCCAGUUCACGCCCCUGCCACACCGCAGGGAUGUCCCCUUGCGCCUCUCCUGUUGGCAGUGUGGACAAGUGCAGGUGCUAGGGCCACUCAUGAUGACCGGUGCACUUUGAAAGUGUACAUGGACGACAGAACCUUGCAUACCUGUUGUUGGGACGCUGUGAUGUCCCAGAUUUCCAGGUGGGAAGCUUGGAGCUUAAGCGUUGGCCUUAAGGAAGGUCCUGAAAAGACCAAAGUGAUUGCCAAAGGGAAAAAACACCUCGAUUUACUGGCCAAGGGGCCUCAAAGUUGGAUUGAAACUGACAUGCGCAUGCUUGGUGCUGUAACUGUAAGUCGCAAACGUGCUUACCAUCAGGUUGAGAAGGACAGAAUUGACAAAGCUCAUUUGAGGGCUGUUCUCUUCAGAAGUGUGGGUCUCCCUUGGGAGCGAGCCUUAGAAGCAUACAAACUGUUCGUCCUCUCUGUGCUCAACUAUGGUUGGCUUGCCCAACCUCCCACGCAGGCCACGGCUGACAAGUUCUUUUCCUUGUUUAACCAGGCGCAGUUCCGUGCCUGGUUGUGCCAAAAACGACGAGUUAGCACAUCGCGACCUGGGCUGCCGGUGGUUGGGCAACGGGUUGUUCGACGCCAUCAAGGUCUGCAGGUAUCCCCAGGCUAUGUUGGUGCAACGAUAAUCCGAUACAACAA